AUGGCACCCACUUCGACCACGACUGCCAUCCCAAAUAACUCGAUUGAGAGUCUUAUUUCUUCUCGGGCUCUGAAUCGAUCGUUCAAGCAUUUUGCUGCUAACACUUCUGACGGUGCACCCAAGAAUUUCAAACCCCAUCCCAAGCCUUUGGCACUCAGUUUUGGAAGACCCAAUGCUCAAUUCUUCCCAGUGAAGAAGAUCACAGUUCAAGUGGACGAGUUUCCUUUCCAAGAUUCGAUUUUCAAGAACGAGGAGAUUGACGAGGUUAAAGAAAUUGUCAUAGAGAGGCUCCCAGAAGAAGACGAAUAUUCACUUGGGGCUAGUGAAGCUUUUCAGUACGGAGACGUCAAAGGUUUGCCCGCAUUCCAGAAAUUUUUGCGUAGUUUUGUUGAAAGAAUCCAUACUCCUGCUUAUGAAGAUUGGGCUGUACAUGCUUCGAAUGGAGCAGGAGAAGGUCUUAACAAAGUUGUCGACGCUCUCAUUGAUCCUGGCGAUAUAGUUCUUAUUGAAGAAUUCACCUUUUCUCCAUUUGGAAACAAUGUUAGAAAUGUGGGAGGAGUUAUUGUACCUACCAAGAUCAAGUUUGAAAAGAAUAUCAAGGGAGAUAUUUCGGCAGAUGUAGACGUAGACUAUUUAGCUAACUUGUUGGAAAACUGGGACGAGGUUAGACCAGAGCAUAAAGGUAACAAACCGAAGGCUUUCUACACAAUCCCAACAAGUCAGAAUCCUACGGGAUUUACCCAGACGCCAGAGACAAGAAGAAGGAUUUAUGAAUUGGCCAGCAUUCAUAAUUUUGUCAUUAUUGAAGAUGAUCCUUAUGGCUAUUUGACUCUUCCCCUGUUUGCUGAGCCUAGUCUUGAGAAUUUGAAGGACCAUGAUUUAACUGUAGACGACUAUAUCAAUCACAGCUUGCUUCCAUCUUACUUGAAGUACGAUACUGAGGGUAGAGUAGUUAGAGUUGAAACUUUCUCCAAGGUUUUUGCUCCAGGCUUACGUUUGGGUUUCUUAGUAGGACACAAGAAAAUUAUUGAUGUGAUCACUAAAUAUUCGUCCAUUGUCACUAGGUCACCUUCUGGAGCUGCUCAACUUUUGCUUUUGAACAUUAUUGAACAGAAGUAUGGUGGCAUUGAUGGCUGGUUGGCUUGGAUUCUCAAGAUGAGAUUAGCUUACGCCCAUCGUAGAAAUGUCUUGAUCAGUAGCAUUGUUAACCUGGAAGCAUAUGAGAAGGAGUAUAUCAAGAUAAUCAGCUGCGACGCUGGCAUGUUUGCGUCUCUCUUGGUUAAUUUCCCAGAAGGUACUGACAAUAUAUCUAAGCUCACCUUGUUGAACUAUAAGUUGCUUCAACAUGGAGUUGCAGUGGUUCUUGGCUACAAAAUGGCUAUAGACGAGAAGUUCAGCGAGGCCAGUUCUAACUUCCUCAGGUUGAGUUAUGCCUGUUUAGACAGCGAUGUCGAGCUUCGUGAAGCAGGAACAAGGCUUGCAGCUGCUGUCAAGGAAUUCUUUGAAAACGGUCUCGAGUAUUAG